AUGGCGCAAGGAGGGCCACUACAUGGUGUGCAAGAUCGCCGAGAACUUUCUGACGAGCGAGGCCUCGGCGGCGGUGGCGAAUCUCCUGCCGGAGUGGGCCGGCAGCGAGCUCGAGGCGACGUGCUCCUGUGCCGACGACGAGCGGCGCAAGUACCCGUGGUCUUCGCCGACACGCAGGGAGACUGCCAGUUCAUCUACGACAGGGACUGCCACAACAUGAAAGGAGAGAAGGACAUGUGUGUGGUCGGAGGAAUCAACAACUACACUGCAGCGCUAAUGAACUCAUCAGCUCCAAGCGUUGAUCCGACGGUAAGCCUGAUGUUCCUGGCGCACUUCCUGGGCGACAUCCACCAGCCGCUCCACUGCGGCAGCGCCCAGGACUACGGCGGCAACACCAUCGCCGUCAACUGGUACAACAGAACCAUGACCAACCUUCACCGUGUGUGGGAUCAGGACAUCAUCGAGAAAGCCAUGAAGGACUACUACGGCAACGACCUGAGCAUCAUGACCAACGUCAUCAUGCUCAAUAUCACUGAGAACUGGUCCGAUGAAGAGGAGCAGUGGGAAGCGUGCCCUAGUAAAACCAAGACUUGUGCUGACAAGUACGUCAUGGAGAGCGCACAGCUGGCGUGUGACGUGGCGUAUGCGGGUGUCCAGCAAGGCUCCAUCUUGGGAGAUGAAUACUUCUUCUCUGCGCUGCCGGUUGUUCGGAAGAGAAUAGCGCAAGGAGGUGUCAGGCUCGCUGCAAUCCUCAACAGGAUCUUCGGUGAGAGCAUCAGCAGCAGGCUGCAGAGCAGUUGA